AUGGUAAAUGCUGUGGCUGAAGAGCUGAACUCUGAAGAGUUCCAAGAAUCUGUGGCCCUCCAAGGCCAUGGAAGUCACGACAAGCCUUCCCUGUCUGCUUGGCCAAGCCAUGUUGUUCCACUGGGACAGCACGUGGAUCUUAGAUGUGACUAUCAUAAGGAGUCUUACAUAUUCAAGCUGUACAAAGAACUUGGACCUCCUAUCCCUCAGUUCCAUGACAGAAUAUUCUACAAAACCCUUCUCUUGGGUCCUGUGACACCAGAAUUUAGAGGAACCUAUAGAUGCUAUAAUUACAAUCAUCAGUACCCUAAUGAAGUGUCAUCACACAGUGACCCCCUGAAGAUCAUAAUUUCAGGUAUCUACAAGAAGCCUUUCUUGUUGGCCCUACAAACUUCCCUGGUAAAAGCAGGAGAGAAGGUGACCCUGAAGUGUCAUUCAGAGAUUAUGUUUGACAACUUCAUUUUGACUUCACAUAGAAAGAAAAUAAUAAAGGCUUCUUUUGAGCUUUCUGCAGAAUCUCAUCUUGGGGGAUCCCAUGCCAACUUCUCAAUAGGCCCUGUGACACCUGACCAUGCUGGAACUUACACAUGUUAUGGUUCUUACAAUCAUACACCAUAUGAGUGGUCCGAAUCCAGUGACCCUGUUGACAUAAAGAUCACAGGUUUAUACAAGAAACCUUCUCUGUCAGCCCUGAUGGGCCCUGUGGUGAUGUCAGGAGAGAACGUGACCUUGUCCUGUGUGUCUGACCUUCAGUUUGACAUGUUCCAUCUCUCCAGGGAAGGGGUUCCUCAGGGGCACGGGCUUCCUGCAGUGCAGAGCCACAGUGGGACAUUCCAGGCCAACUUCCCUCUUGUUUCUGUGGUCCAGACAGAGACCUAUAGAUGCUAUGGCUCUUUCAAGAACUCUUCCCAUAUGUGGUCCACCCCAAGUGACCCAUGGUACAUUCCUGUCACAGACAACCACAGGAACCUGCAUAUUCUGAUUGGACUGUCAGUGACCAUGAUCCUUGUCUUCCUCAUCAUCCUCCUUUAUUCUUGUUGCUCUGCCAAAAAGACCAUCAUGGAUCAAGAGUCUGAAGUGAGAACAACACUGAAUAGACAGGAUCCUGAAAGACAAGAAGUGCAGGAGGUGACAUACUUAGAAUUUGAUCAGAUAAUCUUCAAACAAAAAUUGACCACUCCCGAUUCCCAGAGUCUCAAGGAAUUUUCCACAGAUCCCAGUGUAUACAUGGAAGUCAGGAAAUGA